CCCUUUUUGGAACUUUUAGGGAAACUUGAAACAAGUGACCUUUCUGUUAUAUCUAAAACUAAAGGGUAAAAUUUCUUCAACUGUAAUAAACCUCGGGAGCCAAGAGAUCGGAAACAACAAUGGCAAUGGCUGUUGAGGUCGCCGGCGGUGGUUCAGGCGGUGGCGGAACUUUAUCAGAAUUCUACCAGAGUUCCCGACGGCUGUUACUCAAAACCAGAGACGGUUUAGAGAGGCUCGAACGGUUCGAAUACACCUCCUCUUCUUCUUCUUCCUCCGUGUUGUCGUCGGGCGCCGCCGUGAGCGAUCCUUCGGAAAAAUCAGUUGACGGUUUAAGAAAAGAUAUAAGUCAGAUCCAAACACUUUGCUCUCUCAUGGAACGUCUCUGGCGAUCCAUACCUGCUAAAUCUCAACGUGAUCUCUGGAAAAGGAAAGUGGAACAAGUGGCUGAAGAAGUUGACUCUUUGAAAGAUAGUCUGGAUAAAUAUAACCUGCGGCAUCAGAGACGGAUGGAAGAAGUCCGGGAGAGAGCAGAAUUACUUGGGAGAGCUAGCGGCGAUUCAUCUCAUGUUCUGAGGAUUUUUGAUGACGAAGCACAAGCGAUGCAAUCUGCCCGUAGCUCAUCCAGAAUGCUUGAAGAAACCUUGGCAACAGGAGCAGCCAUUCUUUCAAAAUAUAGCGAGCAAAGGGAUCGUUUAAAGCGAGCUCAACGGAAGGCAUUAGACGUCCUGAACACUUUGGGGCUAUCAAGUUCUGUAAUGAGACUUAUUGAGAAAAGGAAUCGUGUUGACAGAUGGAUCAAAUAUGCCGGAAUGAUCUUAACAAUCAUAGUGCUGAUUUUCAUUUGGAGGUGGACAAGAUGAUAGGUGCUUGAUAACCGACUGGACCAUCAAGAUGAAUUCUUAGUUAAAAGAGUCAUUGAAAGGAUUGUAGAAAAGUUGACUCAAAGCCCUUUUCUAACUCACACACAAAUCUUGAUAUCAUUGUAUUGCAGUUGGGGUUGCAUGCAAUCUGUAAAAUGAGACUUGGGAAGAAUAUAUAGUACUAUUUCUUUUUUUUUUUUGGGGAGAGGAGGGGAAGGGGGCGCGCAUUAUUUUCUUAUUCUUUUUGAAAUUAGAAGAAGUCUUCUUUUCAUGCAACAAGAAUGUUGUGCAUUGGAAAUCUCUAUCAUCUUCAGUUU